AUGUUUAAAAUAAUUAAAUUGCCAACUUUAAACCAAUAUGUUUUCUCUUUUUUGAAUUAAAAUAAAUCUACUUCUUCUUUAUAUAGAUUUUCUUCAACAGUUUAAUUGUAAGGCACUAUAAAUCUCAAUAAUUUAAAAACCAAGCCUUUAAUAGAUUAGAAAAUAAAUAAUAAACAUUAUGAUGUAGCAAUUAUUGGUGGAGGAUCAGGAGGACUAGCAUUCGCAUUAGAAGCUUCUAAACAUAAUUUAAAAACAGUAGUUUUUGAUUAUGUAGAAUAAUCAACAUAAGGUAAUACAUGGGGAUUAGGAGGAACAUGUGUUAAUGUUGGAUGCAUUCCUAAAAAACUUAUGCAUACAUCAGGAUUAUAUAAGGAAAUUUUAUUAAACUCUCCUGGAUAUGGAUUUGAUUUAAAUUAAUUAAAUGAAGGAAAAUUAGAUAGCAAACAUUUUAUAUGGGAGAACCUAGUAUAAAAUGUCUAAUCAUAUAUAAAAAGUAUAAAUUUUGGUUACAAAAAAUAAUUAGUAGAUAAAAAUAUUGAUUAUGUAAAUGCUUUAGCGACAUUUUAUGAUAAAAACACAUUAGUUUUUUCUCCAAAAUCAUAACAUAUAUCAUCUUAUUUAUAAGAUAAUAAUUUAAUUAAUUAAGAAAAAUAAGAAGAUUUAGGAAAAAUUACAGCUGAUUAAAUUGUUAUUGCAGUAGGAGGUAGGCCUUUAAUUUUACCAGAUGAAUAAUGUAAAAAUAGCUAUAAAUAUGGUAUUACUAGUGAUGAUAUUUUCAUGUAAAAAUGUCCACCAAGAAAAACACUGGUUGUAGGGGGUGGAUAUAUUGCAGUAGAAUGUGCGGGUUUUUUAAGUACUUUAGGAUAUCAUACUAGUAUGAUGACAAGAUAAUUAUAUUUAAGAGAAUUUGAUUAAGACAUUGCAUAUAGAAUCGUCUAUAAUCUCUAAAAAGAAAAUGGUGUUAAUAUUGUACCUACUUCUUUACCUUCUUCAAUUGAAAAAGUUGAUGAAAAUUUAUUUAAGGUUAAAAUUGUUAACUAAGUUACUUAAUAAGAAACUGAAGAUUAUAAAGGAAGAUUUGAAAACGAACUAGAAUAAAAUAAAGAUAUUAAUUGUGUAUAUUUCUAAAAAUUAAAAUUGGAUGUAAAUGAUUUCCCUACAACCAUAUUUACUCCUACUGAAUAUUCAUGCACUGGAUUAUCUGAAGAAUAGUCAAUAAAGAAAUAUGGAGAAGAAAAUAUAGAAGUCUAUCAUUCUAAAUAUACACCUUUAGAAGAAUAAAUUUCUCCAAGAUAUGAUGAAGAUUAUAAUUCUUUGCAAAGGAAAGCUUAUGCUAAAAUAAUAUGUAAUAAAUUAGAAAAUGAUAAAAUUGUAGGUAUUCAUUAUUUGGGACCUAAUGCGGGUGAGGUUAUGUAAGGAUAUGCUGUAGCAAUGAAAUUAGGUACGACUAAAUUCGAUUUAGAUAGAACUAUAGGUAUUCAUCCUACUACAUCAGAGGAGUUUACGGGAUUAAAUAUAACUAAAAGUUCCGGGGAGCCUUAUGAGAAAACUUCUUGCUGA